CCUACGUGCUAACAGCUCGAAACGACACGUAGACAACGUUUCAGUUAAUGUUUUCAUCAUUCUCACAUGGUUUUAGCUGAUGGCUGAUGUAACUAAGAAGGUUACUUUUUGGCCUAUAUGAUAUUGUAUUUAUUCGAUCUUGAGCCUUGGACCCUGAACAUGGAUCCCACAGUGGUGUUUUUUCUCCUACUGCAUGUAGUUCUUCACCAUUCAUUCAUUGUGGCUGAGGCUAGUGAUAACAUGGACAAGCCGUUCUCUGAGCCCCAAGCUACUGUAGUUAACUCACAGGGACAAGAGAAAAAGGCUGAUACUUUGACUCCAGGUACAGAUUUUAAAGACACUGUUAACAAAAUAUCCGAGUUAGAGAAAUUACUGGGAAAUUGUAAAGAAGAAUUAAAUGCAUCAUUGAACAGAAUAUCUGAGCUGGAGAAAUCAUGGGGAAAUCAUAAAGAAGAAUUAAAUGCAUCAUUGAACAGAAUAUCUGAGCUGGAGAAAUCAUGGGGAAAUCAUAAAGAAGAAUUAAAUGCAUCAUUGAACAGAAUAUCUGAGCUGGAGAAAUCAUGGGGAAAUCAUAAAGAAGAAUUAAAUGCAUCACUGAAAAAAGUGAACGAAACUGUUUCUGAGACAGUGCAAUCACACAAAAAUGUUCAGGUCAACUAUACCAAAUUUCAGUCUGAGCAUUUGCAGCUUAACAAAAGUAUUUCUGAUUUUAAGGAACAAUUAAAAACCCUGUCUGAAACAGAAAGCCAGAUACAAAAACAACUAUCAAGAUCGGAAAGUUACUUCAAUCUUACUGAUAAAGAAAUAAAUGCAAACUUAACUCAAUUGCGUUCGGAGAUUGAUAAAAUUAAUACUUGGAAAGAUAAAAUAGUUCAGUCCCUCCAAGACCAGUUGAUGGAGUUAAUGGAAGCACAAAAAAUGACAGUGACAGUGGCAAAAUUUGUAAACCUAGAAACUGACUUGCAUCGGCGUACAGACGAAUUGAACAAUAAAGUGGAAAAGUUGAUGUCUGAUACAAAAGAACAAGAUGAUUUAUUUUCAAAAGACUUUGAGUUACAAAAUAAUAACUUGAAGGAGUUAAACGUGACCCAAAAGUUGAUAGAAACAAAAGUUGGAGCCUUAGAAACAACCUUACAAGAAACUGAAACGAAGCUGAACGACAGAUUAGACCAGUCUGAAUCUGACAAACAAGAUAAUAAUAAAGCAUUUAAUGGGAGACUUGAAUUACAAAGUGAGAAACUGGAAGAGAUGCUAAAAACUCAACGUCGAUUAGAAGAGGAGCUGAAGGAGUUAAGAGGGAAAUUUGAACAUUCUGAAGAACAGCAAAACCAGAAGAUCAGACAGACAUACACAAGAACUGUGGAGAUAGAAUCAGAUGUAAAAAAUAAUCAAGGUCUUUCUGAGAUGCUUUCUUAUGUUGUGGUUGCAUUCACCAGCAUGAUUGUAGCCUAUGCCUUCCUCUCCGGAGGGUUUACUUUUGGACAAACAAAGACCAACUUUGAGGAAGAAGCCAUCACACACUCGUCACAUAAGAAUGAGCCAACCAUGGCGGGUGCUUAUGUGCAACACAGUGACUUCGAGGCCUCUCCCAAUGCAGUCAUUCCAGAGGAGCUAGCCACCCUUACUGGAGAGGUACCUUUAGUUCAACAAGAGAUUGAUGAUGAAGCCCUCUGUCCAGCUGUGUGUAGCCUCGGCUUCUCAGAAUCUGCCAUUUCCACCUUCGGGCCCCUGACCCAGGCCAUAUGCCCUGAGGGUAUGACUGUACACACUUAUGUGGUGCAUAGCACCGUUGAUCUAGCUGACGCCCCAAAAGAUGCCCUGGCUCUGGUGUUUGUAGACUUCAAUGAGAGGAACGUGAUCCUAGAGCAGCCGGGGCUAUUACAAGGAGAGCUGAAGACAAAAACAGUUCAGCACCUGCUUCAAACUGGAGCUGAUGUAUUUGUGAUCUAUACUGGGGACAACGAGUCAGAAAACUUACCCGAAGGAGCCCUGUACAACACCAGCCUCUCCUCUGUCCAUAAACACUCAUUACUGAAGCCUCUACAGAAAAGACAACGUGUUUUGUCCAUACUCACAGCCUUCAAUGAGGCACAGGAACUGGUCUUGUCUAAGGCUAUAAACAAAUUGUGCCAGUCUUAAUUCUGUGUUUUAAACUGUUGUUGAUCAUAAUAUGUAACAUGUGUGGUGGAAAGUAGUUCAUUAUACGAACAGUUAUUCGUGAUGAAGUUGAUAAUUACUAUAAUAGCCUGUGUGCAUUUCUAACUGAACAUAUAUUAUACCCUGUUUGGAGUAAAAUGAUACUUUAUAUGUGUGAAUAAUGAUAACUAAUAAUGAUAUGUGUGCAACGGUGAUUUUACUGUAUGUUUGUGACAAGGACGCACUGUAUAUGUAUGUUUGUAACAGUGAUACACUGUAUGUUUGUAACAAUGAUAUACUGUCUGUUUGUGACGAUGAUGCACUGUAUAUGUAUGUGUGUAACAGUGAUACACUGUAUGUUUGGAAUGAUGAUAUACUGUAUUUUUGUAACGGUGAUACACUGUGUAGAACAGUGAUACACUGUCUGUUUAGAACAGUGAUACACCGUCUGUGUAGAACAGUGAUACACUGUCUGUUUAGAACAGUGAUACACCGUCUGUGUAUAACGGUGAUACACUCUAUGUUUGUAAUGGUGAUAAAUUCUAUGUUUGUAAUGGUGAUACACUGUAGGCCUACGUGUAUAUGUGCAAUCAACUGUAAACAAGCAUUCUGUUUUUGAAUAUAGAUGUUUGGGUGAUGGUCAGGCAUUUUACCAGUAUGCUUAUGAUGGUGACUGUGGUAUGUUGUAUAAAUUUGUAUGAUGAAGGGUGAUAUGCAUUCCUUUUAUGCAUGGAGGAAUGCGAUAAUGAUCAUUCACUGCACAAUGUGGGAAAGAGGUGAUACCCGAUAUGUUUGGAGAAAUGCGAUAAUGAUGGUACAGUGUUUAUGUGGAAAAAAGGUGAUACCUGAUAUGUUUGAAGAAAUGCGAUAAUGAUGGUACAGUGUUUAUGUUGAAUAAGGUGAUAACUGGUAUGGUGAUAAUGGUGGUGAUACACUAUAUCUGUGAAUGAUGGUGAUACAUUGUAUGUGUGAAUGAUGGUGAUACACUAUAUGUUUGAAUGAUGGUGAUACACUAUAUGUGUGAAUGAUGGUGAUACACUAUAUGUAUAAAUGAUGAUGAUACACUAUAUGUGUGAAUACUGGUUAUACACUGUAUGUCUGAAUGAUGGUGACACACUGUACACGUCACUGAAGAUUGUACACUGUGUGAAUAGUGGUGAUAUACUGUAUGUCUGAAUGAUGGUAAUACACUGUGUAUGUGCAGGGUGGUGAUACACUGUGUAUGCACAGGGUGGUGAUACACCAUAUGUGUGAAUGAUGGGGAUACACUUUACAAGUCAGUGGGAAUGGUACACUGUGUGAAUACUGGUGAUAAACUGUGUGAAUAGUGGUGAUACACUAUUUUAGUGCCUUAUUUAAGUUGAUUUAACUGUUGAUUAAACUGGAAUCACCAACUAAAAAUGUUCAAAAAAAAUGUUGUAUAAACUGCAUGCGAUUUCUUGGAUUCCAUUCAUGAAUGUUUCCUAAAUUAAGACAAAAUGUAACUUUUAUAUGCUGUAUAUACAUGUACAUACUGCAUCAUCUAACGCAUCACUAUGCAAAUUGUGGAAGUGUCUCAUACUUCUUCAUUUUUCAGUUUUGUGUCAUAAAAUGUUGUUUUCUGUGAAGUUAAUGUUUCCUUUCAAAUAAUAAGCACAACAUAAAUCUGUAAAUCUCCAGCUUCCAAACAAACUUAUAUUGAUUGCCUCUGUCAACUGAACACUCUCGUAGGCCAGCAUAUACACAUGAUCAGAACAUUUGAGAUGUACAUUAGUUCAUUCAUCCACUGAUUUUCCUGAAAUAUGCCACUUGUAAAAACUAGUUAUGUGCUGCUCAUGAUCUAUGGUAUGGUGCAUUUAACAAUAAAAAAACAAUAAAUUUUGUGUCUUUAUAGACAAUUAGCAAACCUUCCCAUCUGGGUGCAAAACUCUGUGGGUAGAGCGUUGAGGUUAUCGAUACUCUAAAUUGUUCAUUCAAGUCCCAGCUUAAGCCAGUAUUAUGUCUUUAUUUAUCAGUAUAGGAAAUAAUAUUCUUUCAAAACCUCAUAUUUCUGCUCAUCUAACUAUUUAGUAUCGUCCUUCUAUUCAGUCUCGAGAAUUAUGUUUGCAUUAAACCAUUUUUGAGAGGAGUGCAGGACUUGGCUAUAUAUGCCCAGAUGUCUAAGUAGUGUGUCCUGGCAUGAACACUUGUUUGUACUGGUUUCAGAUUAGUGUGUAUUAAAUGCUGUUUUCAGUACUUGCCACAUUGAUAUUCAUACAUAUGUAAAUACACGUACCAGUGUUGACAAAUUGAUGACUUAAAUAUUUCUGAACUUGUAGGAUCUGACAAAUCCAUUUUUAGUGCGAUAGGUGUGUACAUGUACCCUACACACCUCUGUGCUGUGCAGCGUAUGUUGGCGUGUGGAAAUGAAUAAUUUACUGUAUCAAAGCUGAAACUAGGGUCAUUUUCAUAUAUACAUGUAUUAUAAAGCUCAGUCAUUAUAUUUUUUGUCGCCAUCAUCAGAUUGUUUUCUUGUAGUAGACUGGUCCAGAUACUGACAUACUCUAAAUUACUAAAAUUUCAGCUAUGAUUCAUUUUUCCAGAUUCUAGGAGAAUUCUAGUGAAUUUAGAAAGGUGCUUUUACAGGUGUUUGGAAGAUAAGGUGAUGGGGAAAAUGUAAAUUUUAGCACCAGAAGUAAUACCUUAUGAUAUUUGCCUCUAAAAAUGCUCUUUUGUUGUCACAUUUUUAGGUCAUUUGGGGUAUUCUUUGUACAGCCUCAGUUGAAUGCAAUCUAACUUAGGGUCCAAGGGAAAGGCAAAGAUGGAAAGGGAAAAAUGAGCUCUUGAAAGAGAGGACAACAAAUAAUAUAACCUUAUCUUAGACCCAAAAGGCAACAGCCAUUUUGUUCAGACAUGCUUUGUAAUGACAUACAUGUAAAUGAACUUUUAAUCAGUAAUUAUGCCAUGUUUGCAGAAAGCAGAAACAUGAUAUCGCAUCAUGCCUAGACCACUCACAUGGCUCAGAAGCAAAACAAGUGCAUUCCUAUCCACGCUCUCUAAAUGUCUCUAUGCUACACUCGUUUCCACGACCCAAUAUGUCCCUAUUGUACACUCACCAGUCCCCAUGCUACCCUUUAUGUCUCCAUGCUACCCUCAAUGUUCCAACCACUGAAUGCUACAUGCACCUACGUUCUCAUGCUACACUCGUUUCCACAUGACCCACAAUUUCCCUAUUGUACUCUCACCAAUCCCCAUGCUACCCUUUGCGUCUCCAUGCUACCCUUUGCGUCUCCAUGCUACUCUUUAGGUCUCCAAGAUACCCUUUAUAUCUCCAUGCUACCCUUUAUUCUCCAUGCUAUCCUUUUUGUCUCCAUGCUACCCACGUCACCCAGACUGCACGUCAAUGUCCCCACCUUAACACCAAUAUCCCUAACUGCAUGUCACAAAAAAUACAUCCCCACAAUACCCUCAAUGUCCUCGCGCUAGCCUCACCGCUCCCAUGCUACCCUCACCAAUCCCCAUCCUACCUUAAACAUCUCCAUGUCACCAUGCUACCCACACCUAAACAUCAAAGUCCCUACCUCACUAACUGCAUGUCACCCAGUACAUCCCCACAAUACCCUCAAAGUCCCUCAUCUAUCAUCAAUGCCCCAUGUUACCUCCCCAUGAUACAUGAACGUCUUCACCAUAUAUACCAACUCCUCCACGGUGGACUCAACAUCCCUGCAGAUCUCUAAACAUGAAGAACAUGGAGAGACCGAGGCCAGCUCAUGGGGAAGUGAACAGAACACGGUGUACUACCAGCAAAAAUUAAACUGGCUAAAAGCCUAUAAGUAU